GUGAGUCACAAGUUAUGGGAGCUGGGAGUUACCCAAUUUGUGUGAGCCCAAGUUAGAAGGAAUGCCAAACCCUGUAUGCACUACAUUUUGCAAGAACAUCCGUGAAACCAAAAGCCUCAUAUACAGCACUUCAGGAAAAAGGAGACCUUCGUUGGACUGAAGGAUUAUCUUAAAAAGAGGAUCAUGGCGAUGAAAUUAGUUUUACCACCACCAGAAGUGCCAGUAACAUUUUCCAAACAAAUCUGUGAAGAACCUGAUGUAUUAUGUGCUAUUAGCAUAGACGAGACAGAUCAGAUUAAAUCACUGAACAACAAAUUUGUAUCUCUCAUUGAUAAGGUUCGGCUAUUGGAACAACAAAACUGUGUAUUGUGCACUAAAUUGAAUCUCUUGCGAGCACAGGGCAUAAAGAACGUUGCCAGUGAUUCACAACUCCUUUAUAAAGACUACAUCAAUGCAUUGCAGAGACAACUGGACCAACUAGGAAAUGACAAUUUGCAUUUGGAUUCAAAAUCAAGACAAAGUGAGGAAAUUGUAAAUAACUUCAGAAGCAAAUAUGAAGAGGAAGUGAACAAGCACACUGCUCUAAAGAAUACAUUUGCAGAGCUUAAAAGGGGUGUGGAUGCGGGGUAUAUGGACAAAGUUGAGCUGGAAGCCAAGAUACAAUCUCUGACAGAUGAGAUAAACUCCCUUACACUCAUUUAUGAAGAGGAGCUCGCCCAAAUGCAGACUGAGACCUCAGACACUGUGGUUAGCUUGUCCAUGGACAACAACAGGCACUUGGACCUGGAUGGUAUAAUAGCUCUGAUGAAGUCUCAGUUUGAGAAGAUUGUAAACUAUAGCCAUGUGGAAGCAGAGUCUUUGUAUCAAACCAAAUACGAGGAGCUGCAGGGACAUUCUCAGACUCAUAGUGAUGAACUGAGAAAGAAGAAGGUGGAAAUCUCUGAGCUGAAUCUCAUGAUUAAAAGGCUUAACUCUGAAAUCAACAUUUUAAAAAAUCAGUGUGCCAAACUACAGACUGCCAUUGCUGAGACUGAGCAACACGGGGAACUUACAGUAAAAGGUGCAAAACAACAGGUGCAUGAGCUGGAGGCUGCAUUGCAGAAGGCUAAGCAGGACAUGGCUCGCCAGCUAAUGGAAUUUCAGGAGUUGAUGAAUGUGAAACUGGCACUGGAUAUUGAGAUCGCCACCUACAGGAAGCUGCUGGAAGUAGAAGAAAACAAGUUCAGUGGAGAAAAUGCUGAAAUUUUAGACAUAUCUGUCAACUGGGGAGCCAAUGGAACUGGCCAAGCAAAACGAGGUGGAAUUGAGCAUCACACUGGAAGUGGCUAUGGUGAUGGCUAUGGAUUCAAAGGAAAUGCAUUUAAAAACAUCUGAGGGUCAUUUACUUAUCUGCAUACUGCACCUCACACCAUCCGCAUGGAGUGCAGUGGGCAGUGAGGGUGAAGCUCCCACAGGAGCUCCCUAAAUUGUGUGUGAAGCAGCUAAAGAAUUGUUCAAAACAGUCCCAUCUAUUAGAUACAACUAUUAAAGAUGAACUUCCCCUGUAACAAAAUAGAGAAUGACACAUAAAAAACAUUAAGAAAAGAAUAUUAGUGGUAGCAAACAAAAAGUUCAAUUUAAGGUGAACUGGCCCUUUAGAGAUCAAAAUAUAACCCACUGUUGCUGCAUGCAAGCUUUGUAUAAGAUUUUUUUUUACUCUUUUUUAAUUUCCUUAAUAAACAGAAAUGACUUCA